UUUCCCGUUAUAAAUCGAAGCGGCAGCGUGGCAAAGUUCCAGAACGUCGAGUUCAGUUCUCUCUCCUCACCUUCUCUCUCUAAAAAUGGGUUUCAAGACGUCGGAUCCCUCGUCGGCGAUCGGAUAUUUCCUCGAGAAGUGCGGUGGCUGCGCUGUUAUCGACGGCGGGCUCGCCACCGAGCUCGAGGCAAACGGCGCUGAUCUCAACGAUCCGCUAUGGAGCGCUAAGUGUCUCGUUAACUCACCUGAUCUCAUUAAAAAGGUUCAUUUAGAUUAUCUUGAGGCAGGUGCUAAUAUCAUAAUUUCAGCAUCAUAUCAGGGAACAAUUCAAGGUUUUGAAGCUAAAGGAUUUUCUAAAGAAGAAAGUGAAUCUUUACUCCGCAAAAGUGUUGAAAUUGCAUGUGAAGCACGAGAUGCAUUUCAAAAAAGGGAUUCAGAAGUCUCUUGUAAUGAUGGCAAAAGUAGAAAUUUGGACAAGCAACAUCUGGUAUUGGUAGCAGCUUCUGUUGGCAGCUAUGGAGCAUAUUUAGCAGAUGGCUCUGAGUACAGUGGCGACUAUGGAAAAUCAGUUACCGUUGAAACUUUGAAGGAUUUCCACAGAAGAAGAGUUCAAGUUCUUGCAGAAUCUGGUGCUGAUCUCAUUGCAUUUGAGACAAUUCCUAAUAAAAUUGAAGCCCAGGCUUAUGCCGAGCUUCUUGAGGAAGAAGAUAUAAAUAUCCCAGCGUGGUUUUCCUUUAAUUCAAAGGAUGGAGUUAAUGUGGUUAGUGGGGACUCCUUAACUGAGUGUGCCUUGAUUUCUGAUUCAAGCAAGAAAGUAAUGGCCGUUGGUAUCAAUUGUACACCCCCCAGAUUUAUUCACAACCUAGUCCUCUCUAUUAAAAAGGUGACGGAUAAGCCAAUUUUAAUUUAUCCCAACAGUGGGGAAACUUAUGAUGCUGAUAAAAAGGAAUGGGCGUCUACUGGUGUUUCAGAUGAAGAUUUUGUUUCAUAUGUCAGCAAAUGGCGUGAUGCCGGAGCUUCUCUUAUAGGGGGCUGUUGCAGGACGACACCGCGGACCAUCAGCGCCAUAUCCAGGGUUUUAAAUGUGGAUCGUGAUAACUAGCUAUUUCAAUAAGUAAACGAGUUAAUUAGCGGCCUUAGAAAAUGUGCAAUAGUACGGUAAAGGAAAGAUUUUGAGCGCACGCUCUGAUGUAAUUCGAGCAUAUGCCAGAAAAUGUGCACCGUAAGCUAGAAGAGCUGAAACUUUGCUGAGUAUGUAACUGUAGCUUUAUGUAUUGUAAUGAACAUGAUAAAUUUGUAUGAACUGUCGGUUCUGAGUGGAUUUGUGUGCUUUAUCUGUGGAGUAAUUUAUUGUUUCUGAAUGGUUAGGUUUUGAGUUGUAUGGCAAGAAAUUCUUUGUUGA